AGCCAGUGUUAAUUUCGUUGACUAAAUAUUUUCGUCAUUAUUUUCAUCACGAAUAUUUUUUUGCUGACGAAAACUAAACGAAAACUAGAAAAUGAGUCAAUGAUGGAGACUAAAACUAUGACUAAAUUGAUUGACAUUAUCGUCAACGAAUAAAGGACGAGACGAUAAUAGACUGUGACGAAAAUCUAAUCAGCAGACGGGAGAGAUGAACAAAAGAACCAAGUGGCAAAACGGAACAGACGGAACUGCAUGAGAGAAGAGACCAAUCACAGCUUGACUUAUUUGACUGAGCUCCCGGGAAGACGGCAUUUAAAGAGCGACAAAAAGUCCAAAGCUGGGAGAAAAAGAAGGGGAGACUUGUGGGCUCACUUCACAUUUGACGAAGAAGAAAAAAAAACAAAGUGUGAAGCAUGCGGAGCGAUCAUUCGCGGCAAGAACACAACGAAUUUAAAAAGGCAUUUACAGACGAGCCACCCGGACAUUUUCUCAAAGCUCCAGAAGUCUCCUGAUGAAGGCGGUGAACCAAGCGCAAAAAAGGCAAAAAUGUCUAAUCAAAACAUUGCUGAAGCACUGUUAGGUACAAGUACAAAAGCAAUGCCAGAGAACAAGUAAAAGAGGAGGCUAUAGCAAAAUGGAUUGGACGGUCGGGGUUACCACUGACUACAGUAGAAGAUGAGGACUUCAUUCUCAUGAUAGAAGUAUUUGAUAAGAAGCUGACAGUGCCAAAGAAAACAAAGAUAAACAAUCUGAUUGAAAAACACUAUGAGGAAGAAAUGACAAAGUUUAAGAAACGACUGUGUGGUGCUCGUAAAGUGUCAAUUGGAAUUGACCUAUGGACUAAAAAGGGACUGUCUGCAUCAUUCCUUGGCAUAAGUUGUUGCUUUUUUUGUGUUGAUCAAAACAAUCCAUAACACAUCCUGCUCGCUCUUGAACAAGUUGCCCAUCCACACACUGCCCAGUCUAUUAAAGCCUGCGUGGAUAAGUGCAUGCAGGAAUGGGGCAUUUCAAAUGACAAAAUUCUGACUGUAAUAACAGACAAUGGUAGCAAUAUGGUAGCAGCAUUUAAACACUCUUUUCAAGAAGAAGAAGAAGAGGCUAGUUCAGAGGAUCAAGAGGAGUCCCCCCAAGGUGAAAGUGAUUCAGAGGAGACUGAAGACCAUAACUAUCAAAACAUGGAGAUGGAUAUGGAAAGGAUGCCAUGUGUGGUUCACACACUGCAGCUUGUGGUCCACAUGCUAAACAAGGAGUCAAGUGUGAAGCGAAUCCUUGACAAAGCACGAUCAAUUGUGAAGCUCUUUCGCAAGUCAUCUGUUGCAACACAGAAGAUUUUGGAUAAGUGCGGCCUAAUUGUUUUGAAUGAUUGUCCCACGCGCUGGUCCAGUACAUAUUACAUGAUUGUACGACUCCUCAAAGUUAAAGAUCCUCUUUGUGAAAUAGCAAAUGAGAUGGGGUGGGACAACUUACUUUCUAGUGAGUGGCAGAAGCUCAGCUCAUUGCAUGAACUCUUGUUGCCUUUUGCCGAACACACACAGACUCUUCAGAGUGACACAAUGUCUAUGUCACUGAUCGUCCCUGCCCUCUUGGAUUUGCAUAGCCACCUUACUGAUUUUGAAGAAAACACAAGUCAUCGGGAUUUUGCCACUCUAGCACGAAAAAUGAAAGUAAAUUUAAACCAGCGCUUUGCCUGGGUAUUGGAUUCAUCAGAUGAAAAGUUCUCUCCACUUGUUGCCGCUGCUUUCUUUCUCAACCCUACUGUGUGUGAUACUCUCCUUGAUGCCGCUGAUGACAGUGUUCAGGAACUUUUUAAGCAGGCAGAGGGGUAUGUGGUCCAGUGCACUCAGAGUCAAGAGACUCACCCUGAUGAUGAUGUGGAGGAACUGAAUAGACCAGAGCCUGACCCUGAACCACCAUCUUCCUCCUCAAGGCAGCCAGUCUUCAGAUUUCUGUCCAAAUGCCGUGCAAAGCCUAAACCGAAGUUAUCCACAUGUAGCAUCAGGCAGCAAUUGAGCAAGUAUAAGGAGGAGCUCUCACAGCCCAUUACUUGUGAUUCAGGAAUCCAGUUUUGCCUUGGGAAAUGUGACACAUUUUAUCACAGCUUGAAACCAUUAGCAUUAGAUCUGUUAGCUAUGCCGGCUUCGCAAGCUUUUGCAGAGAGAGUUUUCAGUGUCACAGGUGACCUAACCAGGGGAAAGCGUAACAGAGCAAAAGUCACUUUAGCACGAAGUGCUUUCUUGAAAAUGAAUAGAGGUAAAUAAGUGUUGCUAUUCUGUGGUUGAAUUGCCAGCAUUAUGGUAGCAAGAAGAAAAUGUCGUUCAGUGCACUUUAGAUUCUAAAUUAAAAAUGUUUGCAGUUAUUGUUCAGCGCAGCUGUAAGCUUUAAGGUCAUGGACCUAACUUUAUUUUUCUUUUAUUGAUGGUGAAUUGGCAGCUAGUUGUUGUUUGAAUUACCAUGACAGUGUUUGUUGCUGCAAAAAAACUUUUGAUUUGAAAUAAAGACACCGUUGUAUUGACAUAAAGUUGAAUUUGUGUUUUAUAUAUUUUGGUUAAGUUUGUUUCCUAUACCAAACUUUCAAAAUAUUGUAAAAGAUUGUCUAGUAAAUCUGUUAUUGAUUUUA